GGGCUGGGCCGCACUCCGGGCGGAGUCGGCGAGCGCAGGAUGUGAGCUCACAGCCCGGGACUGCUGGUGGGCAGGCGGCUGCAGGCUAGGGGCGGCUCGGAGUCCGCUGGCCACCCAGCUGAGAGGAGAGGCGCCCCCGGGGACGCACUGAGAGUAUGAGGCUCUGGCCUCCACUGGCCACUCACUCGUGACCCUUUCCACCACGGCGGAGCCUUCCAAGCCUACCUCCUGCCGUGUGGUGAUCUACCUGCAGCGGGAGAUGUCGGGGGACACCUGCCUGUGCCCAGCCUCAGGGGCCAAGCCCAAGCUCAGUGGAUUCAAGGGAGGAGGGCUGGGCAACAAGUACGUCCAGCUCAACGUGGGCGGCUCUCUGUACUAUACCACCGUGCGGGCCCUGACCCGCCACGACACCAUGCUCAAGGCCAUGUUCAGCGGGCGCAUGGAGGUGCUGACAGACAAAGAAGGCUGGAUCCUCAUAGACCGUUGUGGAAAGCACUUUGGCACCAUUUUGAAUUACCUCCGAGAUGACACCAUCACCCUCCCUCAGAACCGGCAAGAAAUCAAGGAAUUGAUGGCUGAAGCAAAGUAUUACCUCAUCCAGGGGCUGGUGAACAUGUGCCAGAGUGCCCUGCAGGACAAGAAGGACUCCUACCAGCCUGUGUGCAACAUCCCCAUCAUCACAUCCCUGAAGGAGGAGGAGCGGCUCAUCGAAUCCUCCACCAAGCCCGUGGUGAAGCUGCUGUACAACAGAAGCAACAACAAGUAUUCCUACACCAGCAACUCUGAUGACCACCUGCUGAAAAACAUCGAGCUAUUUGACAAGCUCUCCCUGCGCUUCAACGGCCGCGUGCUCUUCAUCAAGGAUGUCAUUGGCGACGAGAUCUGCUGUUGGUCCUUCUAUGGCCAGGGCCGUAAGCUGGCAGAGGUGUGCUGUACCUCCAUCGUGUAUGCCACAGAGAAGAAGCAGACCAAGGUGGAAUUCCCAGAGGCCCGAAUCUAUGAGGAGACACUCAACGUUUUACUCUAUGAGACUCCCCGCGUUCCCGACAACUCCUUGUUGGAGGCUACAAGCCGUAGCCGCAGCCAGGCUUCCCCCAGUGAAGACGAGGAGACCUUUGAACUGCGGGACCGUGUCCGCCGCAUCCACGUCAAGCGCUACAGCACUUACGAUGACCGGCAGCUCGGCCACCAGUCUACUCAUCGUGACUGACCAGACCCUCAGAAAGUCAGGGCACGGGAGGCCCUAUCUCCUGUCCUGUGGAACCUGCCCUAUUGGCCACCCCAUGCUGCUGCUGGCUGGGUCUCUGCUCCAGCACCCAGAGGCAUGACAGACCCUGCUCGGAGGUCAGAGGGUCUGGGCAGAGGAGGGACCACAUUCCUCUGCCUUGCCCCCGAGCACUUAUGGAGACUGAGUCCUGUCCUAUCUGCUCACCAUCACCCUUCCUGUCUGACAGGGAGCUGCUUCUGCUCCCUGGGGCAAAUGGGCUGACCCACCUCCUGCCGAGAACCUUCCCCUAGGCCCUCUGUGGAAGGGCUACUGCCCCUUAGGCCUCAGCUGAGGCCC